AUGGAGCUCUUCCAGCAAGGCGAGAUGUGGGCUCCACAGGACGAUGGCAGUGUAGAAUUCGCCUUCACAAAAUACAUCAUCAAGGGACCCAGUUACCAAUACUUCUACGCCGAUUCUGAAAAGAAGAUGAAGCCUUCCCCUUCGUUAGCGGAUAUAGAGGGACUCGACUUGGUCCCAAUAUCGGUCCAAGACACAUCCCUGCUGGAUUACGACACUUCAUCGUCGGCCAAACUCCUGCUCGACCUCGGCAACCUGGUGUUGAAUGAAGCUUCAGUCUGCGAAAUCUUGAAAGCCAACCCGCAUCCCAACAUUGCCACUUACACAGGCUGUGCUGUCGUCGGCGGGCGGAUACAAGGACUGUGUUUCGUGAGAUACGCCAUGACACUGAGUGAGAGAUUGCGGCGAGACACCGAGACUUUCGACAAGGAGGCCUGUCUACGAGAGGUAGAACUGGGCAUUCGGCAUUUGCACUCCCUAGGGCUUGUUCACAAUGACAUCAACCCGGCAAACAUCAUGUUUGACGAUAGCGAUCGCCCAGUCAUAAUUGACUUCGACUCCUGCCAUUACCACGGUCAGAAGCUAGGCAUCAAGUUAGGUACACAGGGCUAUUUCAAGGAGGGGAUGGAUUUCGCGAGCUACGAGAACGACUUCUUUGGGCUUUUAAAGCUCCGGGAAUAUAUGUUCAAUCCUGAUACGUAG